AUGUAUGUUGUAGGAGACGUCACCACGGGUGUUGUUGAUAUAGGGAGUGAGACGGUUAAGAUUGGAUAUUCAGAUGGGCUCCUACCGACGGUAUUUUGCUCCAGUAUGACAUGGAAAAAUGAAUAUGUGCCGCCUGUGACUAGAUCUGUUGUCAGUGACGUUGGAUCUUAUCUUAGAAUCCUAAGUGACCAUGUGCCAGGAGAUGCGCAGUCUUUAGUGAUUUCCGAGAACACAAUGGAGGCAGGAGGAGUGAAGAAGGAGAUUCUAGGGUAUCUUAUGGAAGGACGAUUGUGCGAGUCUGUCUUGUUUGUCAGAAGUGGGAUUCUCGAUGCAUUUUCAUAUGGAAAGACAACCGGUGUAGUUGUCAAUCUUGGAGGAGGGUCAAGCCAGAUCUGCAGUGUUGUUGAUGGGCUUAUUACGUGCAGAAGACAGAUAGAUGUCGGAGGAAUGGAUUUGACGUUGGAAUUCAUGAGAAUCCUAGAAAGCUUUGGGUCUGACCUAGGGAAAUUCAUUGAUGUAAAGAAUGGUGAGACUUUAUAUGAAAGGAGAGUGGAGUUUGAGAAGAAAGAGUUUUCCAGGCAUGUAAAAGAAAGUGUCCUGAGGUUAAGAAGUGAAGAAGCGAAUGGAAGGUAUGUGUUACCCGACGGAAAGGAGAUUGAUGCUGAGGAAUAUUGUAAGGCAAUGGAAAUCAAGCUAGGAGGAGUUAUAAAGAUGAUAGUUGAGGUUAUUGAAUCGAAUGGGAUGGAGAUACGAUCUGUUCUAAGCGGAAAUAUAUUAGUCGGAGGAGGAUGCGGAGGAAUUGGGGGGAUUGACAGUUUUAUUUGUGAUGAGAUUGGCAAGGAACGGGGUAGAUGGAAAGUGAAAGUGAGCGUUGAAAGAAGUCGAUUUAGCACAUUCCAAGGAGGGUGUGUGAUUGGUUCUAUGGGAAGUGCAAGAAGUUUUCAUAUUGGGGUUAGAGACUAUGAGGAGUACGGAGAAAGUAUUUUGGAUAGAAAGAAAUGCGAAUGGAUUGUAGAAGCUGUGUGA